GGCCGGCUUAGCUUGGGAGAAAAAUAGAACACCGUGCCAUGUUUGAACAUGAAGACGCAAAGAUGAAUUCCACGAUAAUGGAAGACCAGAGUUUAGAUAACAGGAAUUAUGUAUUAAUUGCUUGAUUUGAAUUGCAUUUGGAAGCUCCUACUUGAGCUACCAUUCCGGUGCCGUUUACCUGACUGAGGUUUCAUGGCGAAUCAUCGACAAACGAGUUCGUCACUGUACAGUAACACCGUUAAAUAUUCACCUUGGCUACAUGCUUUCUCACUCUCUUUCCAUCGUAUCUGACAUCUGACUGACGAAAGAAAUAAUUUAAACACAUGCCAGGAACCGAAGAAAAGAAGAUAGGGGAAAGCUCUGUCUCUGCCUCAAUAUCAAAAGCCGCCAUUUUGGAUUUAAAUUCCGACAACAGCCAGUCGCCGUCGUGUGCACCACCCGAUAUUACCAACACGGAUCACAGAUUCGCUGUAUGUGAAAACAACACAGAAUUGAGUGAGCCGCCUGACCUAAAUCCAGAGGAGCACACAAGCUUGUCACAUCAACAAUCGUGCAGUCCUAAUCCAUUGGUCACUACUGCAGAGCAGAUCAGUGUGAGCAAUUCCAGCGAGCCACCUGAUUUAACAGGGACAGAUGCAUUCCCAUAUACGGGGGAGGCUAGUGACCCAGAUGACGCCAUACCCAUAGACUGUCCAGACUUUCAGCAUACUCUUGGUCAAACCCACCAGUCGGAUCAGUCCUUGGGCAUAUUACUAUCUGACGAUUUUGACCCAGACGAAUCUGAACAGCAAGACCCGUACUUCGGAGACAACCAGGCACCUACAGAGCUUUUAGAUUCUGAUGACUGCUCUCCUGAAGGGUUUCUGGCAUCUUCUUUCCCAGAAUCCAAUUUAGUGGAAUCUUUACAAGCUGUUGCUCCUGGUGACAUUCUUGCUGUUUCUCUACCCCAGCCUCCACCUAUCACACUCAAACUCUCCACUCCACCUAUAAAACGUGGCCCAGGGAGGCCCAGAAAAGAUGGUGUUGGUCCAAUUCAGAGAAAGAGAGUCUCUCUUGGUAAAACCAGCACGAAGAGCUCCAUAAAGAAGGGUGUACACAUCCACCCCAGCUUUGCAGGCCUUGUGCGCUCAUUUCAAGGCGGUGCUAUGGAUUCAGGACCCAUGGACACGGCAAUGCAAGAAGCCACACAGGUUGUGGCGGCCGACAUCGCAGGAACAUCAUCCAUGAUGCUGGACUAUGACCAGGAAAUGUCAAGCAUGGCCAUGGAGGAUGAUCAGGCUUCAUCAAGUUACUCAGUGAUGUCUGGAGAGGGCUCUGAUCCACUGGAACCUUUAAUGCCAGCAAAGCUGUGCAGUCUCUGUAACUGUGGAGAGCGUAGCCUGCUGGGACAGGGAGAGCUGGGCAAGUACGAUCCCACUCCGGGAUUUAACCCACUCAAAAAGACAUUGGGCAAGUCCCGUAACAAGACACCCGAGUUUGAUGAGCGUACCACAAGUGAGAAGGGGCCAAAGCCACUCACCUGGAGGCGCCAUAGAGGACCACUAAAGGGAAAUAAUGAUAUUCUACAACUCAACAGGGAGCGGAGCAAAUCGCCCCGUCGCUACCCACACAACUCCGACGAAGACCCUACCUGUAUACUUGGAGAUGAGCUGAGUAUGGUCGGAUACCCAGAGGACAUAGACCUUACUCAGGUGUUUGAACAAUCUGGACACACACUGGCCCACCAUUGCUGUGCUGCUUGGUCCGAGGGAGUCGUCCAGACACAUGAUUUGCUGCUAAAAUAUGUCGACAGGGCCGUCUAUACAGGUCUAUCACAAAAAUGCAGCUAUUGUCGUAACUACGGUGCUACUAUCAACUGUCGUGUGACGAAGUGCAAUAAGAAGUAUCAUUAUCCAUGUGCAUCAGCAAGAGGCUGUUUUCAGGACAUCAAGACCCUGUCAUUGCUGUGCCCAGACCACACAGAUCAAGCAGAAACCAUAGCUGGAGAGGAGGCCCUGUGUGUUAUAUGUGACCUGGUGGGUAAUAUUUCCGAGCAGCUCUUCUGUACAAGCUGUGGUCACCACUACCACGGUAGUUGUUUACAUCCCUCUGUUGCCAUGACACCCGAAGUACGGGCUGGAUGGCAGUGUCCAGACUGCAAGAUCUGUCAGAUGUGUCGACACCCAGGGGAGGACAGUAAGAUGCUGGUCUGCGACACCUGUGAUAAAGGUUACCAUACGUUCUGUCUCAAGCCUGUCAUGACUACAAUACCCAAGAACGGCUGGAAGUGCAAGAACUGUCGUGUGUGCGGUGACUGCGGUUCGAGGACUCCUGGAAGUGGUCCGAGCUCUCGAUGGCACCUCAACUACUCUGUCUGUGAUAGCUGUUACCAACAGAGGAACAAAGGCUUGUCUUGUCCACUGUGUGGGAAGGCAUACCGCCAGUUCACACAAAAGGAGAUGAUACUGUGUAAUACUUGUAAAAAACAUGUUCACGCUGAGUGUGACGAGACAAUAGACUCUGGCCUUCUACAGAAAGUCAAAGAAGGACUAGAAACUGAUUAUACCUGUGCUUUUUGUCGCAAUCGAGACCCUGAUAUUGAUCUGCCAUUCCCUUAUACAUUACCGGGACCGCCGGAUGACUCUUCUGAAGACUACUUAUUAAAUGAUGUAGAUGACCUUGAAACGAUGUCCUUCAUGGAUGAUGGAUCGCACCCGUUCCUGAUGAAUGAAGACUCUGUCUCCAGUAUAGAUAUUGAUAUCAGUGUGAUAGAGAAGGGAGCAGCCCAGCUUUCUCAGCUUACUAGUCCCUCACAUCCCCUACCACACGGGGAGGGCCACGGCAUCGGCAGCAAGGGAGGGAAGCUUAGUGCUAUGAGUCGUAAAAAGAUGGGUGCUGGUAGGCCGAGGGGGAGACCACUUGCACCAGAAAAGAAGAAACGCCCUCCAACUUUUGGGGAAAGGAAACGAGGACCAAAACCAAAGUUAAAAACUGGCCAGCUGGGCAUUUCUGGUCAGAUCACUACAGCACCGACUGGAGAAUCUAAAAGUAAAUCUCAAGAGGAUGAUGAUGAUGGAGAUGACCACCCCACCACCCUCAUCCUCGCCAACUCUAAAGACGACUUUGUCUUGGAACAGGAUGUGUGUAAGAGCUGUGGUAGUUUUGGUAAGGGAAAGGAGGGCAAGCUGAUAGUGUGUACUCAGUGUGGACAGUGUUACCACCCCUACUGUGUCAGUGUCAAGGUGACUAAGGUUGUGUUACAAAAAGGCUGGCGAUGUUUAGACUGUACAGUGUGUGAGGGGUGUGGCAAACCCCACGAUGAAGGCCGCCUCAUUCUGUGUGACGAGUGUGACAUCAGCUACCACAUUUACUGUCUCGACCCGCCACUCGACCAUGUCCCAAAGGGCACCUGGAAAUGUAAAUGGUGUGUUAUGUGUGUAAACUGUGGCUCUACCACACCUGGGUUUGGUUGUCAGUGGCAGAACAAUUAUACCCAAUGUGGGCCGUGCAGCAGUAAACAGGAGUGUCCAGCCUGUCAGAAAUACUACCGAGAGGACGAACUGGUCAUCCAGUGUGUCCAGUGUGACCGCUGGAUCCACGGCCACUGUGACCAACUGAAGAAUGAGGAUGAUGCUGAGCGGGCUGCAGACUUCGGGUAUCACUGUCUGUUCUGUAGACCCAAGACUGGUCAGCCUGGUCCAUUGCCGCCACCUCCACCACCGUCACCCCCAGAGGAGAUAGAAAUGAAGCCGUUGUCACCACUGCCACCCCCACCACCACCUCCUCCUCCCCCAAUGCCUCCUAGAGAACCAGAGCCGCCAAAGAAAUUUUUCCUGGACGGAGUUUGCUUGUCCGAGUCUGGUCACCAACAGAUACAGAGUAUUACGGUCCAGGUGCCAAAACCCAAACGUGUACGAAAGAAGGUGGAGGUGAAGCCGCCGGUCUCGGAGGUACCAGGCACACUUCCCCAACCUCCUCCUGCUGCACGCCUCAUGUCAAUGCAGAGUCAGUCAUCUAUUGAUGGAGAAGAGUCGCUGGAUAUCCUCAAAGAUGAUGAAGGGAAGUUGGUUGACCUUGGCGAGGGGCUAAGUAUCCCUCCUUCAGCCUUGAUGGAGGGCGAGUUAGGUCCCGAUGGUAUGGGGCUUCUUAGUCCCACUCUGACACCUGGCGUCCCGACGACUUCUGACGGGGCUCCUGUCCCAGAGAAAAAGAAGAGAUGUAGACGAAACACAGUCAAUAUAGGUAUUGGUGGGUUUAUGGUGCGCAGUCGAGUGAGACCACAGGCUAAACAACAGUCAGCUUCUCUGGAGACACCAGCGCCAGGAGAGGACGGGCAGCCAAAGCCAGAGGGAGCCAAUGAAGCGACGGACAAACCACCAGCAGAAGGAGAAACACCGUCAGAGGAACCAAAAAAGAAACGGAUUCGUCGUACGAAGAAAAAGAGUGCUCUAGAAGAAAACUUCCCAACUUACAUGCAGGAGGCCUUCUUUGGUAAAGAUAUACUUGAGAAGACUAAAACAACUAGCAAGGAGUCAGUGAAGAUAGAUUCAGGAUCUGACUUAGAAGAGUCUAGGUCUUCUCCAAUAACUCUCGACUUCAAGGGAGAUAACCAGCCAUUGAUUGGUCCUGGAUCAAUCCCGACACCUACAGUCAAGGUGCCUUCCAGUAGUCACCUACUGCCCUCUGUUGGACAGCCUCUCCUGAAUCCCAUCGGAGUAGCAGGAAACAACGACGAUUUACAAGACAGUGAUCUGGAGUUAUUGCCCGAUCCACUACCACAAGAUGAAGAAUUAAUCAGUAUUAUCAACAAAGAGCUAGCCAAAGGCCAGAAUGAUUUACCAAUACUCCCAAGUGGGACGAUGGAAGCAGAAGCUCGCCCUGAGGAAGCAAGUCAAAAACCUGACCAUCAAGCCAAUCUCGAUGGUAUCCUUAGUCCAAGUAUUGAUGAUGAUGAGAAAAACCUGGAUGUUGACAAAAUAUUCACAGAUGGUCUGGUGCAUAUGGAUAUCAAGACUGUAGAAGAUAUCUUCAAAGGUGUGCUGGAAACAGAUCCUCGACCUUCGGGUCCUCCAGCUCCCCCAGGGUUCAGCAUGCCUGGCCCCCACAUCCCAGGAAAGGAACAGCCCCACCCACCACCAACCAUGGAUCAUCCCCAGGUUCCAAUGAAUCCAUGCAUUGGCCAAGCACCGUUAGCACCCCUUGUCAUGCCACCACCGCAAGGCUUUCCGUCAAACUUCAGUCCAAGUUCGAUGAGUCCUGGAGGUUUCCCUAACAACCAGCCGCCAUGGCAGCAGGUGAUGGCCCAGGAGGAAGAGCAGCAGGAACAAGUAACGAGUCGUAGAAACAUGCAGAAGUGGGAGUCUGAUGAGGAACUGGGCGAACAUGCAACGAUAUCAGCUGUCCUCUACUGCAACCUGAAACACCCUGAACUACGUCAUGAACAUCCAGAUUGGCAAGAACGAGUGAAGAAGAUUGGAAAGAUCUGGAGACAGUUACCAUCAGAUGACAAACAACCGUUUCUGCUUCAAGCAAGAAAAAACAGAUCUUCUAGUAAAGGACAAAAGGCUAGAAAGGCUAAGCGAGAACAGGCAGCAGCAGCCGCAGCAGCCAUGGGACCACCUGCCUUACCGUCAUCAUACUCACAGCCUACCACACCAGAUGGCCUGGGCUCACCUAUGUCAGGUAUGCAACCGGGACAGGAAAUCUGUAGUCCUCUCAGUCGCAGCAGCAGUAACUCCCAGAUCAUGGCACCAAAGACACCAGAUGGUCAAUCCCCCAGUCACAUGAUGGGAGGCGUGCCGCUGAGUCCAAACCACCCAGGAGGAGUACAGUCUAUGAUGCAUCUCCAGGACCCGUAUGCCCAGCCACCUGGAACACCCAUGCCUAUGGACAUGGCAGGGAUGGGCCCUCGACCAAUGCGGCCUCAGAUUCGACCUCAGGAUCCGUACGCCCAGGCCCCGGGCACGCCAAGACCUCACGACCCCUUCAGUCAACCCCGUCCUCAGGGACCAUUCCAGCCAGGCAUGAACAUGCAACAAAGACCACAAGACCCAUACGGGCAGCAUCCAGGCACGCCUCGUCAACCAAACAUGUAUUCUCAACAUGAAGGGCCUCCUCGCCCUCCAGGACCAUACAACCAUCCUGCCUCCUCGCUACCACCUGACCAAAUCGGGGGACCUUUUAGGGGGCCUCCAGGACGAGUGCCUGAUCUAUUUAACCAAGAAAACAAUGCCUACCCCCAGCAAAUGACACCAGCCAGAAGUUCUGUGCCGACCACACCCCAACAGUCCCCCUCAAAGCCUCAGUGGCCUGGUAUGGCCCAGGAAUCUGACCCCUAUGAGCAUCCAGUCCCUACUCCUAGACCCAUGAUGCCUAGUAAUGUGGAAGGCAUGUCUUCGCCCUCUACUCCACAGACGCCAACAUCACAGCCCUUUGAUCCCUUCUCACAGCACCCUUCUGGGCCCCAGCGAUCAGGACAGCUACCGGGCAUGGCUAAACCCAUGUUGUCAAGACAGACUUCUGUACCCUCUGACCCAUAUGCGCACCCACCCUCCACUCCAGGGGGCCCUAUGAGUCGGCCAGAUGACCCCUAUGCUUUUUCACCCCCCACUCCACGCCCGGUGUCAGAAUCUUAUAGUCCCCGCUCUGCUGGAAAGGCAGAGUUGUCUCCCCAACAGGUGGGUCACCGGCCCAUUGUUGGAGACCCUUACGCACAGAUGAUACCAGGGAAGGGGCCAAUGCCAGGUCAGCCGGGGCCAGAGGGAUUUAUCCAGCAUCCCAAUAUGCCCGGAGGUCCUCAACGGUCGAUGGCUGGCCCUCAAGGACAGCAAAUCCCUCCAGCGGACACCUUCGGGAUGCCUGUACGCCACCCAUUUCGAGCACCAGUGCCACCCACUUCACAAGCUAGACCACAUGGCUACCAGGAGCCUCAUAUGCCACAAGGUCCACAUCAUCAUGGUGGCAUGGAACCCCCCAAGGAGCCGUCUGUGUUACAGCAGAUGUUCGCUGCUGCCAGUAGACGCCACGCACAAUUCCCUUUCUCCGGAAUGUUUUCCACACUUAAGCACAAUUAUUUGGGUGGCAGUGGAACAAUGAUGGACAAACACAGAGAAAUUCACCCACAGCAGCUUAGAGACAUUCUUGCUGAACAGACAAAGAAAAGACAGCAAAAAAAGAUGGAAAUAAUCAACAAACAAAUGUCGGAGGAGGGAGGUCCGCCUGCUGGCCUGUCCUCUCCACGCCCAGGUGGUCCAGGUGGUUUCUCGCCUGAGGAGGGGCCACGCUUCCCUGGCCCUGGAGGUCCGAGUCCUGGGAUGGAUAGGUGGUCCCAAAGCCAGCAGAUGGUGAGACCUCCACAGCCAAGGCACUUUAGACCUCCAGAUAUGGACAUGUACAUGCGAGGACCGUUUGAAGGACGACCCGGUGUCCCUGGAGCCAUGAGACAACCCCGUCCCCCCGGGCCAUUGUCCCCACACAACCAGUUCUCACCUAGGGGCUCUUCCCCUCAGAUGUCCCCUGUACCGGGCCAACAUACAGGAUUUAAACCACAGCUACUUCAGUUGGUCCAGGAGCGUAUGCGACAUCCUAACCCCGGCAAACCACAGCCCACCACCCCUGGGGCACAGCCAGGCCCUGGCUUUGAACCGUUCAGUCCAGCUGGUGAGCUCCCGAAAAUGCCCUUUGACCCCAACAGACCCCAAGGUCAAGGACAGUCGGUACCAGCAGAAAUACCCCCAGUUCAACCACCCACAGUGAAGCACGAACCGAAAGAGGUGUUGCCAGGUAAAAGUGACGAGGCUGGAGGAAGAGCGGUCUUACCAAAGACACAGAAACAGGUGAUGUCAUCAGAAGAUGAGAAACAGGACACGGAGGAUGAAAACAUAAGCGAUCUGCUGGACAAUGACGGAUCGUUUGACAUAUUGAAGUAUGCUGACCCUGAGCUGGAUUUUGAUGACCAGGGCAAAAGUAUACUCGAUGAUCUGGUCGAGGAAAGCAAGGCAGAGGAUUCAGAAUCGGAGGUCAAGAGUGAAAUGGAUGGCCCCAGGUCUAACAAACCUGAGGAAAAAGAAGGUACAGAGAACGAGGAAUCCAUUAAGAUGGAGGACGAUAAAGCCGACCCAGGCUCCAAAUCUGCACCAGCCAUGGGAGCUGUGAAUUUCCAAGCCAAGUUCUUAGAAUUUAGCAAGAGAAAGCAGGAGGAGCGCAAUGGGGAUGGUACCCCAGGUCCUUUGGACCAGAAGUCCUCCAUUCCAGAGGCAGACAAAAACAAAAACAAGAGUCAGAUUGCUGCCAUUCUACAGAACCCUGAACACAUGCGUCCUCAGUUGGAUCGGCGUGACUCGCAGAAGUCCGAUAGUGGAUCUUUGGGAAAAGAUCUCCUGCCUCGUACACCAUCAGGGACACCCACAGGAUUACCCACAAAUCUGGGUUUAGAUCAAACUAGUAUGGGGCAAGCUGGCAUACCGAUGGGAUCCCGUCCCACUUUCAGUGGGGGAAUGCCUUCACCUCUACAUCAAAUCGCUCAGGUGUAUCAAGGUUCUCACCCUCAACCCUCACCAUCUUCUACAGGGGGGAAAUUCCCUCAGCAAAGUCCAGGAACCCCAAGCCUACCCUCACCAAAGGUAUUACCAUCACCAAAGAGCAAUAUCCCAUCUCCGAGGACACCGAAUGUUCCAUCACCGUUCAGUCAGCAGUCUGGUCUUGGUGGGCAGUUGUCUCCCUUCUCACAGGCAGUACAGUCCCCGUUUUCUCCACCCGUAUCAUCAGCAGCACACUCGCCGUUUAGUGCGCCCCCUGCCACGUCAUCUGCCCCACAGUCACCGUAUGGGCCUCCAGGGAGGACUCAGUCACCGUUUACCCUCCCAGUCACUGGAAGCACAGGCAACAGUCAGUCGCCUUUCGGAGCCAUGUCGCAGCCUUCCCCUAUGUCGGCCUCACAACCGCCAGGUCAGCGGUCACCCCGUGGAACCAUUACUCCGACCAACCAGUAUAUGCAAGGAACGUAUGGUCAGCCAAUGAUGCCGGUACCUCCCAGGGGUGCGACCACUCUGCAGCCUACCCCGAACAGCAUCCUGUAUGGCCAGUCUUCUGCGGCCCAGCAAAUUAACAAGGUCCCCACAGGAAUGCCAGGACCUCGUAUGCCUUUUACCUCCCAGGGUAUGCCUCAACAAGGUCCGCCACAGUCGAUGGACCACCAACAUCCACAACCACACAUGGAGAUGACCUCUCCAGGGGGAACCCCCAUAAUGAGGAUGCCAAGGGCAUCUCUCCCUGAAGGUGUUACCCCGGAACAGGCUAUGCAAUUUCAGGGCCAGCAGCAAAACCCUGCAUCCAUGUACCAGGGUAAUAUGCAGGGCCCUCGCCCCCAGGGUGGUAUGAUGGGAGCCCCAGGCCAGGGCCAGCCUCCCGGUCCCCCUGGACACCCAGGGAUGCGCAUGCCUGGAAUGAGACCCCCUACCCCAACAGCCACAACCACCGCCCAGUCCAAGGUGCGACUACUACAGGACCAGCCUCUUCUGAUACAGGACCUGCUUGAUCAGGAGAAACAAGAACAACAAAGACAAGCCCAGCAGCAGGCGAUACUGCAUCGCCGUGACAACCCAGGCAGCAUGGAAGGUAUGCCACCAGGUAGCAUGCCACAAGGAGUAAUGACUCCAGCAAGUAUGCCGCCAGGGACGAUGCCACCAGGGACGAUGCCACCAGGGACGAUGCCGCCAGGAGGUAUGCCACGUAUGGAGGGUAUGCAGCGCCCGCCAGGCUUCCCAAUGCAAGGAUACCGCCCACGGAUGGAACAUCCAGGUGACCCUAGCCAGUGGCCGCGUAUGUUUGGCCCACAGGAAGGUGGUCCCCCUCCGCAGGGCAAACCUGGUUUCCCUCCUGGUGUUUCCCCACGCAUGCCAGUACAACAGAUGAGACAAUUUGCACCUGGAGUUCCACCUCAGCAGGGGCCAGGGCCAGGGCCAAACCCGGGGGCCCCAGGAGGCCCAGGCAUGGCUCCACCCCCACAUCCCCCACCGGUACCUCCCUUACAAGGUGAGCUGAACCCAGAGUUGGAACGACAGCACCUACAGUAUGAGGAAUGGCUCAUCAAACAGAGCCAGUAUUUGGAGAUGCAGGUCAAGGCACUUGAACAGCAGAUCAACAAGUGCAAGCGCACUAAGAAGGCAAUCAAUGCCAGAGGCAGAUCUGCCAAGAAAGCAAACAAGGAGAUCCCUAUUCAGGAUACCCAGGAACUGGAGCGGGUCACACAGGAGCAGUCCAUGCUACAGAAACAGCUGGAGGGCCUCCGCAAGCAGUUCCGAACACACCAAAUGCAGGCUCAAGAGUACAGGACUAAGAAAAGAGAACGGUUUGGCCUACCAGUCCAGCCACCACAAUCUACGCAGCCCGCCCCUGCCCCUGCCCCUGGGGUGCCAGAACCAGUAAUGGGAGGACCACUCCAGCCCCGUAUUCCCGGGGGACCCGGAGGACCCGGGACGGUGCGACUAACUGCAUCUGCUCGCCAAGAAUACGAUAACUACAUGCAGCAACGACUUCGUCAGCAGCAGAUGGGUGCUCGGCCACCAAUGCACACAGUGGUGGAGUACCCCCAGGGAAAAACAACCUCGAAAAAGAAAAAGGCUACAAAAGUGUGCAAAGCCACUACUAUUCAGGACAAUAAUCCAUUCAGUGAAGAGUAUUUAGAGAGGGAACAGAUUCAGAAACAACACGACAGACUACACAUGGUGCCUGGUCAGCAGGGAGCUAUAGGGCAGCCACCUAGUACUGGUACAGGAGACACACCCGAUGCCAAUCGUCAGAUGCACCAGUUCUUUGGUGGAGAGCGUCCACCCUUUGAAGGUUCUGGUCCCUAUGGUGGACCCAGGAUGCCAGUCCCAGGGGAACCUAGGCCGAGGUUUACAGGGGAACACGGACCACGUUUCUUAGGGGAUCAGGGGCCAAGGUUUCCAGGUGAUCCUAAUCAGGGUCCGCGUUUCCCAGGGGAUCAAGGACAGAGGUUUCCUGGUGAUCCAAACCAGGGGCCACGGUUUCCAGGGGAACAGGCUCAUCGAUUUCCAGGAGAUCAAUCUGCUAGGUUUCCAGGCGAUCAAGGUCAGAGGUUUCCAGGUCAGAGAUUCAUGUUUGAUGCGCGUAUGAGUAAUCCAGGCGAGCGGCCUCCGUACCCAGGAUCCAACCCACAGGCAAUGAGGAUGCCUGUUAUGGCUGGAGGCCCGGCUGGUCAGGGUGGCAUCCCCACCUUUCAGUCAAGCUUUGGUCUCCCUCCCUCUGCAAAUAUGCAACAACAGUCUUCUGAGGUGGGCUCUGCUGGACAGGAGCAGCCAAUGGAAAAACCUAAACCCAAAAAACGAAAGAAGAAAAAGAAGCAACCGGCAGAAAAUGCUGGAUGUGCAGCCUCUACCACCCCGGCCAAUCCUGGUCCUCCGACUGCUGAGACACGACCUCCAAUCCAGUUUACGCCACAGUCCGAGACGGAGAAACGGAUAAUGGAAAUUCUGAACAACACAGCUAAAGGCCUAGCCAAAGCUACAGACAAACCUGACGCCUCCAAGUCACAAGAUGCCAGUAAAUCUCCUGGUUCUGCUACUGGGUCUGAUAAAAAGACGGAAACCACACAAGCAAAGGAUGGCACCGUGACUUCUUCACCUGCUGGCAGUAUUGUACCAUCUCCUGGUGGAGCAGGACAAACAGCACCCCCAGGUCCAGGUCAGACGCUGCCUCACCCAUCAAUGAUGGUACGACCCCCCGGAGCACCAAGUGGUCUCGGUAAUCCUGAAAUGUACUCAAAUCAGAGACCUCCUGGUCAUCCUCAACAGCCACAAGGUCCUCCACAAUCACUACCAGGAGCAUCAGUGGCAGGACCAAUGCCAUCACAGCAGCCGCCACCACACGUGGCUUCUGGCCAUCCGGAUACACAUGUGGAGGGUGAGGAGAGUCAUACAGAAAGUGAGCCUAUCAUGCCAAUGAAUGUCAUGAUCCAGCAAACCAUGUCACAGCGGGCGCAGGGCCCUCCUCAAUCACCACACACACUUCACGAGGGUGGUCAGUCAGGGAAGGAGCAGGAACCGCACACUGGCAUUACAGGCAUUCAGUCGGUGGUACCUAACAGCACACCAACAGGACCAUACCAGUAUUCCAAUCAGCAGGUCCCAUCAGGGCUACCACCUCAUAUGUCCCAGAUGGGACCAAUGGCACAAGGACCACAUGGCCACAAUGCACAAAAGCAGGGCAUGCCACCGCGUAGUCCACAUGCGGCCAGCAUGCAGGAGAGACAUAGUCCACACCCAGGCCAAGACAGGAAGAGCCCACAUGCCGCCAGUCAUAGCCCUCAUCCUGGAGGUAUGCAGGAGAAGAAAAGCCCUCAUGCCGCAGGUAUGCCUGCACAUAUGCCAGGCAGUGCACUAAGCCACUCGGAUCAGCAUAACAUACACAUGCAGGGAAUGUCUGAACGAAAGAGUCCACACAGUGCAGGCCAGUAUUUGGGUAUAGUUCAUGAUCAUCACAGUCCUCGACAAAGUCCUGUCGGUCCACACUCUGACAGGCAGAGUCCCCGCCAAGCUAUGCAGGGAGGGCCCUACAUGGGGAUGUCGUAUGAUCAUAUCAGCCCACGGCAGAGUCCACAUCCCAUCGGUCAACACAUGGACAGACAGAGCCCAAGACAACAAGCUGGACCAUACCCUGACAGACAGGGUCCAUAUGGCGCCAUGAUGGAGAGACAAAGUCCACAUGCCCUUGAAAGACAAAGUCCAAACUCUGCUGGAAGUCCUAGAGGAGCAGGAGGUGACCUCAGACAGUCACAGCAGGACAAGUCUGCCAUCAGGCAAUCUCAGCCAACAUCUACAGAAAGGAUGUCGCCCAGAGCCCAAGGCCCUGCUUUUCCAUACGGACAAUUUCCUCAGAUGGGACCUGGAGCUGUAAGGUACCAAGGUCCAGGUGGGAAGCCUCAUUCUUCUACCCCUCCUAGUCAGCCAGGUACACAAGUACCACCUGGUUAUAUGGGUCCUAGGGGACCGCCUGGCCAUCACAGGCAAAUUAGUCCCGGGCCUGUCGGGUCGCCAGGCCACGCAGGACAACCAAACUACGCUAAUCCACGCGGUCCACGUCCACAGAACUUUCUCCAUUUAUCAGAUUCUCAGAUGCGUAUGAUGAAUCCUCAGCAGCAGGGACCACCUCCUCCUGGAGGGUCACAUGGACAAUUGCAACAUCAGCAGCCUCCUUCACAUAAUACCUCUAGCGCUUCUCCUGUAUCUAGUCAGCCAACUACCCAAACAACAGAAGCUAAUAAAAAUACACAUCAAGACUGUACUGAUGGUAUUCAUUGUGGCACACCGCCACCUUCAGAAAAAUGUACUGACGGUAUUCAUUGUGGCACACCGCCACCUUCAGAACAAUGUACUGACGGUAUCCAUUGUGGCACACCACCACCUUCAGAAAAGUGUACUGACGGUAUUCAUUGUGGCACACCGCCACCUUCAGAAAAGUGUACUGACGGUAUUCAUUGUGGCACACCGCCACCUUCAGAAAAAUGUACUGAUGGUAUUCAUUGUGGCACACCGCCACCUUCAGAAAAGUGUACUGACGGUAUUCAUUGUGGCACACCGCCACCUUCAGAACAAUGUACAGACGGUAUUCAUUGUGGCACACCACCACCUUCAGAACAAUGUACAGAUGGUAUUCAUUGUGGCACACCGCCACCUUCAGAAAAAUGUACUGAUGGUAUUCAUUGUGGCACACCACCUCCUUCAGAACAAUGUACUGAUGGUAUUCAUUGUGGCACACCGCCACCUUCAGAAAAAUGUACUGACGGUAUCCAUUGUGGCACACCCCCGCUUCACAACCAAGGAGUUUGUUCAGAUGGUAUUCAUUGUGGCACACCGCCACCUUCAGAAAAAUGUUCAGAUGGUAUUCAUUGCGGGACUCCACCUCCUGAAAACCAACAAGGAGUUUGUUCAGACGGUAUUCAUUGUGGCACACCACCGCCUCAAAACCAACAAGGAGUUUGUUCAGACGGUAUUCAUUGUGGCACACCACCUCCUGAAAACCAAGGAGUUUGUUCAGACGGUAUUCAUUGUGGCACACCGUCACCACCUGAAAACCAAGGAGUUUGUUCAGACGGUAUUCAUUGUGGCACACCACCUCCUGAAAACCAACAAGGUGUUUGUUCUGACGGUAUUCAUUGUGGCACACCGCCGCCUCAAAACCAAAAAGGAGUUUGUUCAGACGGUAUUCAUUGUGGCACACCGCCACCACCUGAAAACCAACAAGGAGUUUGUUCUGACGGCAUCCAUUGUGGCACACCACCUCCUGAAAACCAACAAGGUGUUUGUUCUGACGGUAUUCAUUGUGGCACACCGCCCCCUCACAACCAACAAGGAGUUUGUUCAGACGGUAUUCAUUGUGGUACACCACCUCCUGAAAACCAACAAGGAGUUUGUUCUGACGGUAUUCAUUGUGGCACACCGCCGCCUCAAAACCAACAAGGAGUUUGUUCAGACGGUAUUCAUUGUGGUACACCACCUCCUGAAAACCAACAAGGAGUUUGUUCAGACGGUAUUCAUUGUGGCACACCGCCACCUCCUGAAAACCAACAAGGAGUUUGUUCUGACGGUAUUCAUUGUGGCACACCGCCGCCACAAAACCAAGGAGUUUGUUCUGACGGUAUUCAUUGUGGUACACCACCUCCUGAAAACCAAGGAGUUUGUUCAGACGGUAUUCAUUGUGGCACACCGCCACCACAAAACCAAGGAGUUUGUUCAGACGGUAUUCAUUGUGGAACUCCGCCCCCUGAAAAACAAGGCGUUUGCUCAGAUGGAAAACAUUGUAAUACGCCACCAACUUCAUCUGAUCAGAAUACAUCAGGUGUUAUUCCAAUUCCCCAAAGUGGAACUAAUGCACAAAUGGAUGCCAGUUCUAAUGCAACAGAUGCAGGCACAUCUGUUAACACAAAUGAUCAGCUCUCUGUGCCUGUUUCCAAUCAGGGUGCUGAAAAUAAGGUUCAGUCACAAAGUCAGUCUUCCCCAAUUUCUAAAAACGUCCCCGUCAACAUAUUCAAACCUAUCGCUCCUCCUGCUGUGGUCACCACUAAUCUGUCCACUGGUCCGGAACCUAUUGCUCCUCCUGCUGUGGUCACUACCAAUCUGUCCGCUGGUCCGGAACCUAUUGUAGUGACCACUGUGGUACAUCCCACUGGACAGGUUCGUAUGGAGGGGAUGGGUCCCUCGCCUCAGCCUCCUGUUGCUGUCCUUCCCAGUAACACACCACGGUCAUAUGCUGGCCUUCCCUCGUCUGAGGUACCGCCUCAGCAGCAUCAGACCCUUGUGCCGUCAUCAGGAUCCGCGUUCACAGGGGAAGUGGUACCUGCACCAAGACCUACACACAUAAACAUCACUCCAAAUACUGCUCCGGAAACCUCGGCCAGUCUCGUGACGUCGGCGGUCCCUCCGGCACCAAGUCACACAUCUGACACAGUUGUAACCGCGACAACACAGCCAGCACUUCCAAGCCCUAUCCAAGGUGGUGGCUCUGCAGAAUCUCAGGGUACCAACACAUCUGUAUCUAAUCUACCACCUUCCAAUAUUUCACCACCAACUUCACUGUCAGCUGUGUCAUCUGUUAAUUCACCAUCUACGCACAUAUCUAAUUCAGUCUCCCAGCCCAAGGAGCAGACACAUUCAUCCAAUCAGAGUGAAGCUGUAAAUCCGUCCACUGAUACACCAGUUGCCUUAAAUCCAGCGUCGGAAACUCAGUCGGUGCCCACACCUUCCACGAGUCCUAGAGGUUCUUUAACAAAAAUGCCACAGACAACAGAAGGUCCUACGGUACCACCGAUGCAACAUUCGGACAAAAGUCUCUCGAAUGUGUCCAUAGCCACACAAAGUUCACAAGCAAAUAAGAUGCCUUCAUCAACUGAAGGUCUCCAGGCGGCCCAUUUAUCAUCUUUGACUCAGGCGUCUCAAAUGCCAUAUGGAUCUCAAUCUACACAACAGAGUAUGCCUGUGCCGCUGUCUGCUCCGGGAUCCAUGCCGCAACAUUUACCUCCUGAUUCUGCAGGUGCCUCUGUGAAACAUGGUAUGCCACAUCCCCAGCAUGCCGAGAGACACCCUGGAUUCAUGCCUUCGAUGUCCCUGGCAGCAGGUAUGCCUGGUCAUCCUCCAGGUAUGGCCCUGUCAUCAGCAGCCACUGCUCUGCAACAGAUGGCCAGUAUUGUACCAACCAGCUACUCUGCAAUCCCAGGCAUGCCUCCUGCAUCUUCGGGGGAAACUCCGGACUCAAAGUCACAUCCAGCUCUGCUUGCAUCAAAGCAACAGGUAUUGUUCUCACAAACGAUGGAUCAUUCUCCAGUAUCUGCAUCCAUACAGAGCUCCACAGCCUCGUCAACCGGACCAUCAACAUCAGUAUCUGGGCCAGCAGGCCAAGCUCAGUCCUCUUUUCCACAUAUGUAUCCAGGUGGCCAAAAGGGUCCAAUUCCAAGACAGAUGAUGCCAUCAGCAUCCAUGCCAGGACCAAACACCUCAAUGGCAGGUUCUAGACCAGGGCCUCACCAGGGUAUGGUCCCGAACUACCCGAUGGGGCAAGGCAUGCCCAGAAUGCCGCCUCACACUAGAAUGGGUAUGAUGGGUCCUGACCAAAGGCCCUCACAGAUGUCCAUGAUGGGGCAAAGACCAUAUCCACCGCAGGGAGGAAGGCCGCCACCAGGCCUGCAGCACAUGCCUCCACAUCAACGAAUGAAGAUGCCACCUGGGUAUCCACAGUACAACAUGCCACCUCACAUGCAGAGGAUGCCACCACCAAUGAUGCGGCCCGAGCAAAUGCAAGCAGAUGGGGUGCCGAUGUCGUCUCACAUGGGACCACAAGGGAUGAUGGAUUCCAUGGGAGAACAGUAUCCCCCUGGUUCUAUGUCUUCAAUGGCCAGCCAUCAGCAUAUGCCACACCCACCCUACUCUAGUGCACCCCCAGGUACCCCCCAGUUGGUCGCUUCUAACCAGCAGAUGGAGAACAUGAUGCGUAUGAGAUAUCCCAUGGGGCCAGGCUUUCCUCCAAGAAUGCCUGCUCACAUGACAGGCAUGCCCCCUGGAUCUGGAGGCAAUCCGCCUGGUGGUCCAAGGUUUCAGGAACACUUGGUAGCUAUGGCCAAUAAGAUGUCGCCUCAGACUUCCGAGGCUGGGCCUCCUUACAUGGGUGUGCACUCUCAAAUGCAAGAUCGGGCAGGCAACCCAGGAGUACUGAUGACGGCUCUGUCCACUGUACCCAUCACAACCUUGACACCAUCGCUUCCAGGGUCGGUCACUCCCUCAUCCAUCUCGGGACCAAAUCAGACGCCACCGAUGCCACACCCAAGCCCAUCACCAUCUCGAACACCUUCCAGGACACCCUCCCGCGCUAGCUCCAACCCCAGUCCACAGUCGAGUAUUCACAUGCACACGCCUACCUCGCCCAGUAUUAAGACAGAUAUGAUGAUGAGUGGGCCGGAUGGUAUAGCUCGACAGUUGUCCGGGGAAAUGCGCAUCAAAGAGGAGCCCAUGGACAUCUCCCAGAAACCCCCUGGCAUGCUGACAGAGGAAGAGGACCUUAAGAUCAGACAGAAUGCCAUCCUCAAGCAGCUACUGGGCACAGCAGGGAUGAAUGCAUUCAAGAAACAGAUGUUGCCGGGGUCAGCUGAUGGGACACCUUUGGAAUCGGAGGAUGGGUCUCCAGUACAGUUGACACCAGAGCAACAACGACAGCUGGAAAUGAUAGAGCAGAUGCCUCUGUUGAAAGAAGCAGAGAUCUCGGCCGAAGAAUGGGACAUCAAAACUCCAGAGGAGAAGGAAAAGAUCCUAGAGGGUCUUGUCCUUGCAGAAAUGAGGAAGCAAGAGUAUGAAGCCAAGCGGAAGGAGUUUGAGGAAACAAGGAAAGCCAAACGCAAGUCGGGCGAGACACGAAAGAGGAAGAAGAAGAAACAGCAAGAACAGCCAACCCAGCAGCCUCCGGGAGAAGGGGGAGAUCAAAUGGUGAUGGCUGCUCCAGUACCGCCCAUGGUGGACGGUCAAGUUCCUCCUCCUGUCCAAGGCCCUGUCCCUCCUGUACCUGUCCCAACACAGCCACAGCCGAAGAAAAGGCAGAGGAAGAGCAAGGCCAAGAAUGCAGACACCUCGAAGGACAAGGACAAAGAUGUGAAGCUGGAGGGUUUCUUCAGCAGCUUAGGCUCACUACCAGUCGUGCCCCUUCAGGAACCUCGUGUUGGCAGUUUCUUUUCCAUCAGUCCAGUUCAUGGUAGCGCUGCAUUACUCACAGGUGAAAAUCAGCUAAAAGGAACAUUUGGUGCCUCAUACCUCGAGGGUGUUGCCGAUUAUUAUGGCAGUACACUGUUGGUUGGAUUACCUCCCCUAGAGUCAUUUAUGGGACUGUCUCGACAGCGUGACAUCGAAACACGAAGAAAGUACAUCACUGAUGGCCAUGAUCGACUAGGAGUUGGAGGCCAGUCAGACUCUCAGAGGUACCAGUUGGCCCAGAACCAAGACCUUCAGAAUAGAUACAUGAUGCAGGGCCACCCGUCACAGCAAAACCAACAGCAGAACCAUCCGAUGUUCGGAGCCCAAAUGAUAGGAUCGCGCGAUAAACCUGUGCUACCUGCUCUGCCUCCUCCUCCGAGGAUUGAAUCAAGACUUGACCUUUUUUCUAGAGGAAGUGAUAGCCCAGAAACUGUGAUAUCGUCAUCAUCUCCUGAGCAUGGAUUUGGUGAAGUGGAGGAAGAGUAUCCAAUGUUACGACCUAUUGACCCUGCUCCCAUUGACGACCGAGCGUCACCUUCCAUGCCUCUUGUGCAACCUGUUGUGGUGAAGGCAUCGCCCAUCCGACCGAAGUCUGCAGAUCCACAAUUUGAAAUGCCAGAGAAAAUGUAUGGUCAUCCUCGACCAUUCCUAGACAGUGAUAUGAUGGACAAGAAAUGGGGUUAUGAUCCAAUGUCACUAUCUGGUAAGGAAAAUGAUAUGACCCAGAGUCUGACAUCUUCACUUACCAAACCUUUCCGAGAUGCUGAUCUGAAGCAGGACAUAUCCGUAACAGUGACAUUGUCGGCAAAAUCUGCCGAAGAUAUUGGUGGUGUGUUGUCCACCAUAGCAGAACUUCUGAAGAUCGCCGUGCCGCCAACUUAUGAAGUGAGCAGAAGUCCUUCACCAGACACAUACAAAUCUCUUACUAAACACAAGGAACAGGCUGUUAACAUCCACUCCCUCAUCAAGGCCAAACCCAAGUUCUGUCGCCACUGUCAGACUGUUGUGAUGGACGGUGGGGUGAGGAAGCGACGAUCAGAGAUUCCCUGUCUCAAGAAAGAGGACCAGUUUACAUUCAAGGAUAUAGAGGAUGAAGAAGUGACGUUCUGUACCUCCGACUGCUGUAGCCAGUAUAUAGCUAUCUGUCAGAUGAUACAGCCUCACCCUAAAUCAGUGGAGAUGAAGGAGGAGACCAUGGACCCGCUGCCUCCUCCCCAGGUCUCUACACUAGUCAGUCCAGUGAAAACCUUUGACAUGUCCAGCCCGCUGACCGACACUUCUACAUUGUCGGGUAACGAGGCUCCUCCCGUACCAUCCACUCCGACGACGCCCACGUCUUCUGGUGUGUCCACACCAACAGUCACACCUACCACGCCUGUCAGACAGAAGUCUGAGGAAAAACUACAGAAAAAACUCAAACGCAGCAAUAGCUACUAUGAUAAGCCAUUGGAGAAGAAAUGGAAGGGAAAACGGUACAAGUAUGUUCAGAAUGAUGUUGUGGAGAGCCUGGGCGUGGCGCCAGGCAUGCCCGAGAUAGAGGUGGAUGUGCUAUGGAAGGCCCUAGGGACCAUAAUCGUGCCAGACCCACUACCUGUGGACAACAGAGUGUGUGCUUUCUGUCAGGUUGGUGGUGAUGAAACCACUGACGGGCCAGGCAGGAUGUUGAACAUGGAUGUUGAUAAAUACAUCCAUCUGAACUGUGCCCUGUGGUCAUCAGAAGUGUACGAGACCCUGAACGGUGCCCUGAUGAAUGUUGACAUAGCCUACACCCGUGGCCUGCGGACGGAGUGUGUCGUCUGUAAAAACAUGGGUGCUACACUGGAAUGCUUCAAGUCUAGAUGUGGCAAUUUCUAUCAUGUUGGCUGUGCAAACAAACAGGGCUGUAUGUUCUUCCAGAAUAAGACAUUACUGUGUCCUGCCCACGCUCCCAAGCUAACUCCAGACAAUGUACUGGAAUCCUUGGUGGUACAUCGCCGUGUGUACAUCAACCGUGACGAGGACAAACAAGUGGCCAGUAUGGUACAUCGUCAACAGGAGGGUAACUUCACCCUGAGGGUGGGCUCACUAAUCCUACACAGUAUAGGGCAUUUGAUGCCCUACCAAAUAAUCAGUGCUAAAUACCACACUCGGGACUACAUCUACCCGGUCGGCUACAAGUCGAGUCGGUUUUAUUGGAGCAUGCGACGACUUUACAAGCGUUGUCGAUACGUCUGCAGCAUUUUUGAGAAUGAAGGUCAGGCGGGAUUUAAGAUCCAAGUGGUUGAGCGUGGAUUUGAGGACCUGGUGAUGGAAGAUAACACACCGCGUGCUGUCUGGUCCAAGGUCUUGGAACCGCUCGACAAGAUGAGGAAAAAUGCAGACCUUGUCAAAAUCUUCCCCAACUUCAUUACGGGCGAGGAACUGUUUGGACUUACUGAGCCCACCAUAAUCAGGGUCCUUGAGUCGCUUCCUGGGACUGACCAACUCAAUAAUUACCACUUCAAGUUUGGUCGGUCCUCUCUCAUCGACAUGCCCCUUCUGAUUAACCCAACAGGCUGUGCUAGGACGGAGCCUAAACUACGCACCCACUUCAGAAGGCCCCACACUCUGCAGUCCAGUAACACCUCACGUUCACUGCCGACCACCGUCACUGGAGUGACCGGCGACCUCAAUUCACCCUACAUGAAGCAGUUUGUUCACUCAAAGUCGCAGCAGUACAGACGUCUUAAGACUGAGUGGAAAAAUAAUGUGUACCUUGGACGCUCCAGGAUCCAGGGGCUGGGAUUGUUCGCUGCCAAGGAUACAGAGAAGCAUACCAUGGUGAUUGAGUACAUUGGCGACCUUAUCCGUAAUGAGGUGGCCAAUCGGCGGGAGGUGAUCUACGAGGAGCAGAAUCGUGGCGUGUACAUGUUCCGUAUUGACAAUGAGGUGGUGGUAGACGCCACCAUGGCUGGUGGCCCUGCCCGCUACAUCAACCAUUCCUGUAACCCAAACUGUGUGGCAGAGGUGGUGGCCUUCGACAAGGAGAGCAAAAUCAUCAUCAUCACCAACCGCAAACUCACCAAAGGAGAGGAGUUGACAUACGACUACAAGUUUGACUUUGAAGAUGAGCAACACAAAAUUCCCUGCUGUUGUGGAGCACCAAACUGCCGGAAGUGGAUGAACUGAACGGAUGAUAACAACAAAGCUACGUUUGGUGUGAACUCAAAGUCUAUACAUUUAAAGUUAGCAUACUGUGAUGGGACUUGGUACAUGAUCAUAAUGUGUGCUAGACUGAUUGUAGCCUAAAUCCUGAUUUAAGACAACUAUCUCGGACUUGACAUCUUGUCCACCGAUGUGUGUGCUGGACAAAAUUCCCCGGAUUUUCAAUACUCUUGGAUUCGACACAAUUUACCGAUUAGUGACAAUUUUGACUGGAUGUGUAAAUUUUGAUUUUUGUCUUUGGGUCAGACAGUGAAUUUGUGGUGACCUUUCUCCCCUAAAGGUGACAUACACCGUAAUGAUAUAUAUUAAGGGGAUAGUGAUACAGAAUAGACGAUGCUGGCUGCCCGCUACUCACUUAAUACAGAGCAUUGUUACCAGCGAGAUUUUUAAAUGUUCUUUAAAAAUGGCAGAUGUUGAAUUAGAUACUCACUAGCUAACUAGUCACUGCUAAAUCUUUAGUUCUUCCUUAGUUACCUGAUGCAGAAAGGCACUCGCGGCAGCCAUUUUGCUUAUCCAUGGCUGAGGCUGGUAGGAUAUAAACACCGCCAAGUGAUACAUGUAACUUUAUGUAGAGUUGGUAAAUUUGGCUCGUCAGGAUGUACAAAACAAACGAUGUUUUGUUGGAUUUUAUCAGUGUGACCUGUGUUUUAUUUCUAAGAAUGAAUUAUGCAAAUAAUCCAAACGGAGACCAAUCAGCCAAAUUGUGCCAUUACUUCUUUUGUAUUAUCACCAGGUUUGUUUACUCGUAGGUGUGUGUGUGAAUUGUUAUGAUACAACAAAGCAGUUGUUGAGUAUUUGUUGGGUGUGUGUAUGUGUAUAAAUGGCUGUAGGUGUGUAUCAGUGUGUGGAUAUUAGCCUACCUCAUCCAGUUUGUAUCAUACAGUACUGUAGAUGGACUGAUGUCUUCUCCAAUGGCAGGUCAGCACUACUAGACUUGCUCUAGUCCUAGGAACGGUGUUUCAAAUUUGAAGUAAUUGAAGUAAUAUGCAGAUAUGAAUGAAAUGUUUAGGGAAGAAUGUAUCAUAUUAUACAAGGAUAUAGGAAUGAAAUAAAUUGUCUAGGUGAAAUAAUGAACCCUCUUUCCCCCCUAUUGGUCCAGAAUAGGCAGCUCUGAUGUAUUGAACUGGAAGAUACUAAUGUGACCAGUAGGGGACACAGGGUGUGUGAUGUAUAUAUUUGUCAGAUGACAUGAACAAAAUUGAAUUCUCAGACUUGUCAAGUAUUUAACUUUCUAAUUACCAUUUGUGUAUAUGUCUAAACAUAGAUUUAUUCCCACAAUUUAUCAUUCUGAUUUUUUUUUCUCAAUGUGUAUUAAGAUAGUGUUGACAUGGGACAUGUUGGUCACUUGAUAUUGUAGUGUUUUUAUCAUUAUUAUUGAUAUUCUCUAUUAUUGGCGUCUUGGUCCUUGAUAUCAUUUUUAUACUUCGGAUUGUGAUCACGCUCACUGUAAUAUAAACAUUUCAUAUAUCUAUAUAUUAAAGGUUUUUUAAUUGGUUAUAUUUAUAGAAAAUGAUUUACAGUCAAAGUAGCAGAGAAUGAGAAAACCCGAGAGGAAACUGUUAUCUAUAAGAAUAGAUUUAUGACUAUCUGUUGUUAUUAAUUUGUGAAGUAAUUCCAUAUUAAUUGUUUUUACAUUUUCUUCUUUGUUUCUCAUUAUGUAAAUUUUAUUGUUGAGUGCAGUAAGGCAAAUAUCAAAUUGUCUGGUUCUGGCAAAAAUAAAGAUUUCUAACAACCCUCACUGUUUCUGAAAAAAAAACAUCUGUUAAAAAAUUGGUAUAUUCAUUUGCUGUGAAUUUCUAUCUUCAUUGUUUCCAAUACAAUAAGGAGUCAAAAAGGAAAUGUUUUAUAAUUCAAGCUGAUAAAAGCUUAAGAGAAAGUUUCAGGUCACUGUACAGAUAUGUUGUCAACAUUAGUUAAUGUCAAUAACUUUCUUGGAUGAAGUUAAUCUGGUCAACAAAAAUUGCAUAAUUAAAUUUUAGUAAAACCAUGGCAAUUUGAACCCCCCAAAAAUAAAGAAUGUUAUAAAAGCUACAAAAAUAUUAAUUUAAAAGUAAACAAAUAUUCAUUUCGAAAUUUGUUUCAAAUUUUUCAACUUGAUUUGAAAGUUGCCAGAACCAGGCAAUAUGUUUUCCCCUUCUGUUUGAUAACAUUGAUCUUGCAAUAUCAUGUCCCCUGGAUGUAGCUGUCGAGUUGACAGUGUCUACCCUGCUAUAGACUAGCUGUGUGUCUGGACUGGUCCCACAAUGAAGGGUAGUUAGUUGUUCUAGUGCUAGUGUGUAGCGUUUUGUAUGUUAUAUAGAAUUUUUAAACCGUUGUGCUAUCGUCAGACUUGGUGAGAGUUGUCACCAUUCGUAUGGGAUUAGUCUUUAAACUCGAGAACGUUGUUCUGUAUGUGUUUCUUUUUGUCCAAGUGCUGAUUGAAGGUGGGAGAGUUUUCUUUUUCUGUCCAAAAAAGUAUUUGCAGAAGCUUAUAAAGUAAACAGGUGAAUGGUAAACAAGUGUGUGCCCAUUGUUGCUGUAUCAACUCUUCAUCAUCCAGUUGUGUAUUCAUCAAAAUUAUUUAGUUUCAACUUAACAUUUUGCAUUUUCCACAUUAGCUUAACAGCGGUUUGUAGGUGAGGUAUCUACGUGUGUAUUUUUUCUCCUGAUCUCAUCUAGAGGAGAUUUUUGAUUGAACCAGGCAGCAUAUCAAACCAUUUGUCCUUGUGUGACACGACAGACUUGGCUAGGUUAGAAAGUGAGUGUGAUUGGACGGAAGUGUUUCAUGUUAUAUUGCCACUCGGCUACAGUGGUACAUAGGUGGUCCCAAAUUUACUUCAUUUUCUCCUCGAAAGCUUCAUAAUUUUCAGGUAAUUGUUGUUGGGUGUGUUCAGUCAUAUAGGAUGAACACAAAUAUUGUAGGUGAGCCCUCAUUCCUUCCUCUUUUGUAAACCACAGUCAUCACUUUCAAUCAGAAUCUUAUAUCUUGACCAAAUUUUGACGAUACAUGCUCCCUCUACACAUCUACACUUCGGUUUCUGCUACAUGACCUGUUAGGUUUGUUUGACAUACAAAUAUGAGACCAUGGUCAUAGCUGGGCAAAAGGAAUGUGGCAUGGAGGCAGUCAUUUUUUUUAAUAUUUCAAACAUCAAAUCAUUUUUUCUUGGCUAAUGAAUUUUGUUUCCCAGUCCCAGAAAUUGGCUGUGUAGUUCAAUUUCGUUUUCUUUUUUUCAUGAUUUUUUUUUUUUUUUUUUAAUGAAAUAUUGCGUAUGUCCUUUUUGUCAUACAACCAAGUAUUUAGGUAUUUAUUGUUCCAGUCCUAUUACAAUUCUGUUUCUCCUACAUCUAUCACAACAUUUUCACUUUUUCUAAAAUGUGUUGCAGUUCUGUAUGCAGUGAUCUUUUAGGAAAGACGGGAGAUAAGAGGUUACGAAAAAGGGAGUGUUGGUUUGAGGAAUCGACAUUUAUAAAUAGAACCAGGAAGUAUUUCAAAUUAUGCAAAUAGAGUGUAUUUUGUUAUGUUUUAGUUCUGGCAAAGAGAUUUUUAAGAUUUCACGGAAAACAUUUGUUUGUCUCAAAUGUUACUGAAUGGCAAUGCAAUCAUUUUUGUUCCGUGUUUAUUCUGAGAGAAUGGUCAUUCAGCUAUGGUUCUGCCAGCUGCAGAAAACCAUGUACAAUUCUAAACCUACCUAAAUGACAAGCCCAGAUUUACUUAUCAAACUACAAGAAGAGAGGAAUUAUUCUCAAUUUCUUCCAAUUUUUGUUGUUGUAAUUUUUAAAUGAAAUACUGUUUUUGAUAAGAUGAAGUUUCAAAACAAAUCCACUAAGUUAGGUAUUGUCAGUGCUGUUAAUGAUGCUUUUCAAAGAAAAUGUUAUCAAUUGUGAGAUCUGGCAUUUAGUACUGGUAUUAUAAACACAAUACCAUUAGUACCUGUACUGGUAUUACUACUACACUAUACUGUUGGUAUACACAAAUCACCAGUAUUUCUACAGUAAAACAUCCUAGAGUUUAAUGGUGAUCAGUCAGUCUCCUUGUGUGACCACUCGGAUAGAAUUUCUGUAUGUAGGACUUCCCAGGCAAGAGAGUUUCCUUGUGUGUGGUAAAACUUUCCUCUGAAUCUCCUGUAUGUUUGAUCUGGCAGACAGGUUCUCCUGAAUGUUUGAUCUGGCAGAAAGAUCUCCUGAAUGUUUGAUCUGGCAGACAGGAUCUCUUGUAUGUUUGAUCCGGCAGACAGGAUCUCCUGUAUGUUUGAUCUGGCAGACAGGAUCUCCUGUAUGUUUGAUCUGGCAGACAGGAUCUCUAGUAUGUUUGAUCUGGCUGACAGGAUAUCCUGUAUGUUUGAUCAGGCAGACAGGAUCUCCUGUAUGUUUGAUCUGGCAGACAGGAUCUCUUGUAUGUUUGAUCUGGCAGACAGGAUAUCCUGUAUGUUUGAUCAGGCAGACAGGAUCUUCUGUAUGUUUGAUCGGGCAGACAGAUUCUCCUGUGUGUUUAAGCAGACAGGAUCACCUUAUGUUUGAGCUGUCGGAGGAGCUGUGAGACAAUCAGACACUGGUUUCUUGUUUGGGUUUUUUUUUCCUUUUUUUUUUUUUACUGUAAACCAUGCAAACUUGUUAAAACUUUUGGGGGGAGGGAUAAUGGAGGGAAGGGUGUUACCUGAUCGGAUGGAUGAGUGGUUAUGCGAGUUAUUACUAAAUUAUUGCUUCGUUAUGGAGAGUUUGUUGAUGUAUAGCCUAUAGUCCUCUUCACUGUACAUAAUCCAUUUCCAUGUAACAUUAUGAGAUGCUGCUGACAGAAGCACUAGAUGAUUAAGAUCGAGAAAUAAAUAAGUAUACAGAUAUGAAAAA